AUGUAUCGGGAAUCGAGAAAUCAAGCAAGACAAUUCAAGAUUCCUCCCCAUGAUCGUUUCCCAGGCCAAACGACUAGCCUAUCCUCUCACAUUGGGACGACUAACAAGAUAGUGAAAGAGAAGCUUACUCCCACUAUGCUUGCCCUCUUCAAGAAGACGAUAUUUGGGCGAUUUAUAGACAUGGACAUUAUCUUCAAUAGUCCAUUGGUCCAUUACAUUCUAUUGAGGGAGGUUGAAAACCAUAGGAAGGAUGCAAUGACAUUCGAUUUGAAUGGUACAGUUGUAACAUUCACCAAAGAAGACUUCCUAUUGGGGAACGGGAUUAUGGACAUUCAUAUUGGUACCUUAGAGACAGUGUACAAGGAGAUGGAGUUUGAGAAUGAUAUGGAUGUUCUAAAGAUGACAUUGGUCUAUUACACGAAAUUGGCUAUGAUGGGAAGGGAGAAGGCAAGGGCCAAUGUCGACAAGAUCUUAUUAAUUGAUGUGAAGGAUUUAGAUUACUUAAACUCCAUGGAUUGGGAAAAUGUGUUAUGGGAGAGGACGUUACUUGGACUACAAAGAGGAUUGAGUGACAAGUCCAAGAACUAUGAAAAAAGGUCCAAGAUCGAUAAGAACUACAUUGUCAAGUACAACCUACCUAGGUUUUCUCAUGCUUUUCAGUGUGGGCAUACCAAAUCACUACAACGGUUGUCGGAAAAGUUACAACCCGACUAA